CGCCUAAUCUUCACUCUCCGCUAGGCUCCUUUAAUGAGCCUUCUGAGAGCUAAGGAGUCCUCGGAUUCAUUCAAAGCAUUCUACAAUGAACGCUAGGGGGGAAAAAGAACAAACAAGAUACAUUUCAAAUAUAGGAUUCAAUUACUUUUCACAACUCAAUGAUGUGUCAAAGGCACGCUGUGUUUUGUUUUGAGGGAGGGGAGAUGACAGGAGGGAAUCCUGGGCCCCCAUUGGCUCGCCGCUCGCCGCUGCAGUUGAGCUCCAGCCGCUCCGAAAGCAUUAUUGAUCUGAAGGGUAAAUGUGGAGGGAGCCACAGAGAGGGGUCCAGGCGUUUCUGAGAAGAGAGGCAGCCUCUUCCAGGAAGAAAGUGGUGUCUACUGGCUGCCCGGCCUGGAGAACCUUCUGUGAAUGAAAAGGAACAAAAUGCAAAGCAGUGUGUUGGCACAGUGAUUUGGAAAGGGGAAACAGGAGAGAAGGGGCUCACCUUCCGCGCAAGGCUGGGCUGUUGGCACCCUGCUGCGGCCGUCCGUGCUGCUGCUCCUGCAACUGCCUUUUCUGCCAUCAGCUCUGUUACCUAACAGCUUGGCUCUUUGGGGAAUAUAGCCAAGCUGGAUCCCAGGAGCAGUCGUGAGUUUUAAAGAAUGCCAGCCUUUUUAAAGCAUUGAUGCCCAAUGCUAUAGAAUCAAGUUACUGUGGAGGUCAAAACAAUUUAAGAUACAUAAGCCUGCCUUAGAAAAUAAAUUGCCUCUAACUUACAGUGAGGAGCUCAACAUAACAAGGAAAAGGAGCACAGGAUGCAGCUACUUGAAGGGUGUUGAUUGAAAACUUCGAUCUCCCCACCCCAUUCACGGUUGAUUUGACGGAUUUCUCACCUCGUUCACAGAGAAAAUUUCAAUUAAGGUCCCUUUAGAUGGAAUAUAAUACAGCAGAAGCCUUUUCAUCAAAAGGAUUAAUGCCUGCAUUAUCAUUUCUGCAAUAAAACAAGAAGCUAAGUGGUGGAGGCCACAGACACCUCAAACCUGGAUUCCACAAUUCUACGUUAAGUUUUGGAGUUUUAUUACUCUGCUGUAGGAAAGCCUUUGCCAAUGCUUACAAGGAACUGUUUAUCCCUGCUUCUCUGGGUUCUGUUUGAUGGAGGUCUCCUAACACCACUACAACCACAGCCACAGCAGACUUUAGCCACAGAGCCAAGAGAAAAUGUUAUCCAUCUGCCAGGACAACGGUCACAUUUCCAACGUGUUAAACGUGGCUGGGUAUGGAAUCAAUUUUUUGUGCUGGAAGAAUACAUGGGCUCCGAGCCUCAGUAUGUGGGAAAGCUCCAUUCCGACUUAGACAAGGGAGAGGGCACAGUUAAAUACACCCUCUCAGGAGAUGGCGCUGGCACCGUUUUUACCAUCGAUGAAACAACAGGGGACAUUCAUGCAAUAAGGAGCCUAGAUAGAGAAGAAAAACCUUUCUACACUCUUCGUGCUCAGGCUGUGGACAUAGAAACCAGAAAGCCCCUGGAGCCUGAAUCAGAAUUCAUCAUCAAAGUGCAGGAUAUUAAUGAUAAUGAGCCAAAGUUUUUGGAUGGACCUUAUGUUGCUACUGUUCCAGAAAUGUCUCCUGUAGGUGCAUAUGUACUCCAGGUCAAGGCCACAGAUGCAGAUGACCCGACCUAUGGAAACAGUGCCAGAGUCGUUUACAGCAUUCUUCAGGGACAACCUUAUUUCUCUAUUGAUCCCAAGACAGGUGUCAUUAGAACAGCCUUGCCAAACAUGGACAGAGAAGUCAAAGAACAAUACCAAGUCCUCAUCCAAGCCAAGGAUAUGGGAGGACAGCUUGGAGGAUUAGCCGGAACAACAAUAGUCAACAUCACUCUCACCGAUGUCAAUGACAAUCCACCCCGAUUCCCCAAAAGCAUCUUCCACCUGAAAGUUCCUGAGUCUUCCCCUAUUGGCUCAGCUAUUGGAAGAAUAAGAGCUGUGGAUCCUGAUUUUGGACAAAAUGCAGAAAUUGAAUACAAUAUUGUUCCAGGAGAUGGGGGAAAUUUGUUUGACAUCGUCACAGAUGAGGAUACACAAGAGGGAGUCAUCAAAUUGAAAAAGCCUUUAGAUUUUGAAACAAAGAAGGCGUAUACUUUCAAAGUUGAGGCUUCCAACCUUCACCUUGACCACCGGUUUCACUCGGCGGGCCCGUUUAAAGACACAGCUACGGUGAAGAUCAGCGUGCUGGACGUAGAUGAGCCGCCGGUUUUCAGCAAGCCGCUCUACACCAUGGAGGUUUACGAAGAUACUCCGGUAGGGACGAUCAUUGGCGCUGUCACUGCUCAAGACCUGGAUGUAGGCAGCAGUGCUGUUAGGUACUUCAUAGAUUGGAAGAGUGAUGGGGACAGCUACUUUACAAUAGAUGGAAAUGAAGGAACCAUCGCCACUAAUGAAUUACUAGACAGAGAAAGCACUGCGCAGUACAAUUUCUCCAUAAUUGCGAGUAAAGUUAGUAACCCUUUAUUAACCAGCAAAGUCAAUAUACUGAUUAAUGUCCUAGAUGUAAAUGAAUUUCCUCCAGAAAUAUCUGUGCCAUAUGAGACAGCCGUGUGUGAAAAUGCCAAGCCAGGACAGAUAAUUCAGAUAGUCAGUGCUGCAGACCGAGAUCUUUCACCUGCUGGGCAACAAUUCUCCUUUAGAUUAUCACCUGAGGCUGCUAUCAAACCAAAUUUUACAGUUCGUGACUUCAGAAACAACACAGCGGGGAUUGAAACCCGAAGAAAUGGAUACAGCCGCAGGCAGCAAGAGUUGUAUUUCCUCCCUGUUAUAAUUGAAGACAGCAGCUACCCUGUCCAGAGCAGCACAAACACAAUGACUAUUCGAGUCUGUCGAUGUGACUCUGAUGGCACCAUCCUGUCUUGUAAUGUGGAAGCAAUUUUUCUCCCUGUAGGACUUAGCACUGGGGCACUGAUUGCAAUUCUACUAUGCAUUGUUAUACUCUUAGCCAUAGUUGUACUGUAUGUAGCACUGCGAAGGCAGAAGAAAAAAGACACCCUGAUGACCUCUAAAGAAGACAUCAGAGACAACGUCAUCCAUUACGAUGAUGAAGGAGGUGGGGAGGAAGAUACCCAGGCUUUCGACAUCGGGGCUCUGAGAAACCCAAAAGUGAUUGAGGAGAACAAAAUUCGCAGGGAUAUAAAACCAGACUCUCUCUGUUUACCUCGUCAGAGACCACCCGUGGAAGAUAACACAGACAUAAGGGAUUUCAUUCAUCAAAGGCUACAGGAAAAUGAUGUGGACCCAACUGCCCCACCGUACGAUUCACUGGCCACAUAUGCCUACGAAGGGACUGGGUCCGUGGCAGAGUCCCUCAGCUCUAUAGACUCUCUCACCACAGAAGCCGACCAGGACUACGACUACCUGACAGACUGGGGACCCCGCUUUAAAGUCUUGGCAGACAUGUUUGGCGAAGAAGAGAGUUACAACCCUGAUAAAGUCACUUAAGGGAGUCUUGAAGGCUAAAAUACAACCGAGAGGGGAGAUUUUUAAAAAAGAAAAAGAAACACAAACAUUAAUAGAAAUCACACACACACACACACAUACAAACACACACACACACACACAGACUUUCUGGGACAAGAUUCCUUUGAUUAUCUGGUUUCUAGCAAGUUGUUAAAUUAAUCGUAUUGUCAGUUUUGGUUUAUUCUGCCAACACGAGGUACAUCCUAUAACGUGUACUUGCUUCGUUCUGUUUUUUGUUUUUUCACAAUCACGCUGAGACAAGCUCAGGCCUAUUCAAUACAAUUUACUGACAUGACAACCUAGAACGAAGAUGGCUAUGUGGCAUCACGGUGGAAGAGUGUUAGAUUUUUCUUAAUUCCACUAAAGUGCCUAUUGAAACUCUUAUCAUUUAAAGUGGUGUGCAGUGCACUCUGCUGUGAUGGUAUUGCAGGAUUCAGAAAUAAAGAGGACAUAAAACAAAGACGUCUUUAUGUCAAGAAGCAAUAGCGACAUUCUGACUCUCCUCAUUCCUUUCGAGAACAAAAGAACACUUCCUGAUCUCCACCUUCUUCUAAUUCAAAAGGUUUUCUUUUUCUUUUUUAACCUGUAUGCUCAAACAUAUGUUUAUCCUAUCCUUUCAGAAAAUUGAAAUAAAUAUGAAAAUAUGAAGUUCAAUAUGUAAGUCCCGAAUUCUAGAAACGAUGUUUGAUCUUAACAUUAGUUCACAUUAAAGCUGUUCAUUAAAAUGUUACUUUCUUUUCCAAAAAAAUUAAAUUAAAAAAAAGAAAAGAAAAAAUAUUCCUCUUUAUCAAGAGAGGCCUCAGGGCUCAAAUUACACAUUAAAAUAAAUAUUGGUUUUGCUUAAUAUUG